ACAGAUGUGUGAUGAGCAUGAAGUAUAGAGAAAAUCGUAAACAGAAAAUAAUAAUAAAGAGAAUAUCAUAAAAUGGCUAUCACUAAAAAGAAUUUGAUAGCAUUUGUUCUCGCCAUUCUGCUUGUUAUAUCUUAUGUUCAUUGUCGUACAACAUCUGAUAUUGUUUCUGGUUUUGGAAUAAAAGAGGAUGAUCAUGUAUGCUUCAAUACAAGUCCGUGUUUGCCUGAACAAGGAGGGGAAAAAGGCUGCAUUGCGUUUUGUACAAGACAGAAGUUUACAACAGGCCAUUGUCUUAAUUCCGAAUUAUGUUGUUGUUACACUUAAUAAAUUAAAUAUGCCCUUUAUUUGAGUGAAAUAUAUAAUACAUAUAA